AUGCGGAGCAGCUGUCGCUCACUUGCUCAGUUGCAUCGGUUGCAGAAGCCGUGGUCCGAAGAGGAGGGGCAACAUGGCAGUGGGCGCACGCUGGCGGGCCAGGUGCUGUACCUGACGGUGGCCGGGAUGUGGCCUCGUGGACGUGGAACCCCGUACCUACUGUAUGUGGCGCUGGUGCAGCUGUGCGCCGUCUCCUACGUGGCCGUCGGUCUCGUCAGCAUUCACACCGCCCGAGGGGAUGUCAACAGCAUUUCGUACACGCUGCUGCACACGCUCGAGGUCUUCUCCGGAAUGGUCAAGGCGGGGCUCUUCUUCAGCAAGAGGCGGUCAUUUUACCGGUUGGUGCGAGAUCUGGACCUGAUGGCGUCCGACUACUCGGACCGCGCCGAGCUUGAGUCGGCACGGCGCUGGGCCCGCCGGAUGACCGUGUCACUGAGUGCCUAUAUAUUCGUCGUCAUCUUGCUGUGGCUGCCGACGCCGCUGCUGGCCGGCGGCGACCAGAACAUGCUGCCGAUGGUACAGAUUCACGGUGUGGACUGGUCGCAGUGGCCGCAGGCGUAUGCCGCGCUCUACGCCCUCCAGUGCGCCGUGCCCCUCACGCAGGUGCCCAUCGUCAUCGGACUGGACGGCUUCUUCGUGGCGGCCAUGCUGUACGUGGGAGCCCUGCUGCAGCUGCUGGGUCAGCGUGUUUCAGGUCUACGGCUCUCCGGUGACGGUGCAUCAGACCUGUCUGGUGACGCGGGUCUCAAGAUGCGGCAAAUGCUGUAUGCGGAGCUCAGUGCCUGCAUCAGCAGCCACCAGAAAAUCACAAAGUUCCUGCGAGACCUGGAGUCCGCCAUGAGUGCCAUGGUGCUGGUGCAGCUGUCCUCCACCAUGCUCAACCUCUGCAUGGGACUCUACCACCAGACCAAGAUAAGGGACGUCCUGACGGCUCUGCAGUACGCCAUGAUCCUGCCCUUCUACAGCAGCCAGAUCUACUUCUACUGUUGGACGGCUGAUGCCAUCACACAGCAGGUGGGCCUUAGCUAUGUUACGAGCAAAGUUUGGUCCUGUUUACGUGGCUAA